CUAGAUUGCGUAACUGUGCAUCUCCAUUUUGCGUUUAUUGAAAAGCAUGCAUUCGCUGUCAACCUGCAUGAAACUAUAGAUGUCUCCCCUUCCAAGACCAAUAUUAUACACACAUGCUGUGGCUGUGACACCGCCCAUUGCCCAAACUGGAUCACUCACAACUCCAUCUGCUUGCUCAACGCUGGAUUGAACAGCGUCCGAGCCUACGAAUCUGGCGAUAUAGUAUUCGGAAACCAAGCUCCAAUCUCAAGGUUGUUACCAAACGGACUUCGACAGCUGCCAUGGCGACUGUCAAGCGACACCACUCGCUUCUGCACAGACACAACAGUGACCGCUCGAAAGAGCAACUCACAGCCCCACCGAGUGUCUUUGACGGAACCGAUGCCGUUACUGCACACAAGAAAGUAGCAGUCUCGCGGGUAGUCGAAGCCUACGACGCAUUACGAGCAGAGAACCAUAGUAACUCACCAACGGCGGAACAGUCGACACCUGAGGAUCCGUUCGCAUUCGAGUCGUUGGUCAUUUCGCUGCCCAACGGCGAGGUCCGCACAUUCAAGUACUUCCUCCGCAAGUGGGGCUGUAACCAAUACCCAGAUCCGGAAUUCGAAGAGGCGGUAUCGUCAUGGCGGACACAGUUUGAGGAGGCGGCGCUGAAGCACUUCUUCCGGCGGAUCACCCUGUGGAACGAGAGCGAAGACAUCAUGCUGGCAGCGAAAAGGCAGAAAGCCAUGGACCUGAAAAAUGGGAGGAGAAGAGACCGGGCAAGUUCUCUUGGCAAGAUGUGGUCGAGAGAGCGAGGGCGGUCUUCCGAUCAGGAGAACCUGAGAGACGAAUUGAAGCAAGUGACGACAAGAGAAGGCCUGGCGCAACUGCUCUGGACGCUGCUUAACGAUCAAACGGACCCGCUGUGCCCAGAGCUAUUUGAGGUGUGCAAGGAGGCAGUGAAGGCAAAGUACAGCAUACACACCAUUACUACUACGCAGUAGCUACAUGGCUGGCAGCGGGGGCGGCGUUCUGAGGAUUCUGGUCUAAUACAUAGC